UCCCAUCACCCAGCGUAUUCGUGCUGUUAUCGCCAUGUCUCCGCAAUGUUGACACUCCUUAAGCAGAUGGCCGUGAUGCCACUUCAUUCUCCCCAAUAUUAAGGCUCCCGUGUGUUCCAUCGCUCGCUUGUUGCAAUUGACGAUUAACACGACUUCACGCUGUCCAUUGACCCCCUGAGCGUAUAUGGCCUCGUCAUAUGCGCUUCCAGUUGACGCUGGAACACGGACUCAUAGCCAGAGCGGCCAUGCAUCUGCCCAUGCCCAUACAUAUUCGUUCCCUGCAGAUCGCACAAUAUCCUACCGAGCAGAGAAUAACGGUUCACCGGUGAAGACGGCCUCACGGGGCGUAAACGCGACAGGGCCAGCGAUACACCCUCAUUCCCAUAGUCAUUCAUCUACUCGAUUCGAACCCGUAUCUCAAGACAUAUCACAGAUGGGCGGGCGUCCACGAGGAGAGUCUGACCUGGGUCAUCCGACAGCCCCCAGAAUCACUACUCAGUCGAAUGGAUAUGCGUUCCCAGCCAUCCAAGAAGCGUCUCCUUAUCCAAAGACAUCCUCAUUCGGCCCAGAGAUCCUCACAGCAGUGCUUAUACCCCUUCCAUUUCUCCUUGCAACUCUUGCCUACCCUCCGACACACGAUGCGGCGAACGAUAGCGGGCCACCUCCCCUCAAUCCCUCCGAAUCAAAAGACCAAUCACCUAUAACCCAUGCCGAGCAGUCCGCAAUAAUACAGGCAUGCAGUCUUGCGUCGGGGACUCUGCUCCUGUUAGGACUGCUUGCGAAACUCCAAUCCACACAGCAGACCCUAGACAGAAGAAAGGAUAGCUUUCCAAGCCCUUUGCGGUCGAUGACCAAUAAGAGCAAGGGCUUGUUCAGCAACGCCUCCAUUCAGCCGGUAAUUGCCCGCUGCUUGAGCAUUGCUCUUCCAUUCUAUGCAGCAUUGCAGCUUGGAGAGGUCAGGAUUGCAUUGACGUUGUUGAUAGCGGUCGCCGCGGGCUUGACUGGACAUGGUGUUCGAGGGAAAAAGGGAUCCUUCCUUGGCGCUCUGACUUACAAGGCGAAGGACAAUAUAGCGACAUGCAGCACGCUUAUUCUAGGGGUCCUAUUUGACUUCAUUGGCCUCGCUGCCCACAAAACCUUUUGGGAUCGCUUCCUAGGGUAUCUAGCCCUUGGCGUGGCGCUGUUCUCUUUCCCGCUCCCUCUUCCUGCAGCAUCCCGACCAUAUUUCCGCAAUGCCAGCCCAUCUUCCGCUCUUACGCCUGGAUCACCAUGGGCAUCGACGCCGAGAUCAGCUUCAACUUCUGCCACCGUAACGUCGCCAAUCCUUGUCACUCCCCACGAUGUCAACCUCACCGUUAUCGCUGGUGCUGCACUCGGCGGAAUGACGGUUCUGCUGUCUAUCAUACUUUCAGUCGCGCUCCCUGUAUCAUACAUUUCGAUUAUAUUUUCGUCGUUAUGCAUUGCUUCUGCGGCUGGGCUCAUAUUCUUUGCCCAACCAACAUCCUUGCGAAGCAGCCGUCGUCUCGGCAUUGCCAUCAGUUGUGUCAUGAUUGGUUCCUUUUCUCUAACGUACCGUUCGAGAAACUGGACUAUCCCAUUGUUCCACAGCGUGUUGUGCGCGGUUUCCUAUGGCGCUCUUCUAGUGGACUCAAAGGAUCCAAAAGCCGAUCACCAUACACAUCGUCACCACUCGCAUGACCACACUCACCAAGGGAACCACUCAAGACUCACAGCGUUCCUACUUGAUCGCACCCCUCCAGGAUCAGUUUUCCACAGCAUCCUGAUCGAGAAAGACUCUCGACGGAUUGCAUAUUUCGGAUGCCUCAACCUCUGCUUCAUGAUGGUUCAAUUCUUCUACGGCUUCGCUAGCGGCUCCCUUGGGCUUCUCACCGACAGCAUCCACAUGCUCUUCGACUGCCUUGGACUGGCCGUUGGUCUCACAGCAGCCGUGAUGAGCAAAUGGCCACCGUCUGUGAACUUUCCAUACGGUUACGGAAAGGUCGACUCCCUCUCGGGCUUUGGGAACGGGGUCUUCCUCAUCCUCGUCAGUGUCGAAAUCAUCUUCGACGCCGUCGGACGGCUUCGUGAAGGGCAUGAACUGCGCCGGCUAAACGAGCUCCUCGUCGUGAGCAUCCUGGGGUUCCUCGUCAAUAUCGUCGGCCUUUUCGCGUUCGGGCAUGCGCAUCAUGGGCAUGGACACGAUCAUGGCCAUGACCACGGACAUGACCAUUCCCAUGCCAAGAAGAAAGAAGAAGACAAUCACGCGCACGAACACCACCACGGCCAUAGCCAUAGCCACUCUGCGGCUGCGCACAAGCGCUCCGGGAGCCAAUCCCCGACGAAAUUCAGCUUCAUCUCCGACCCGCUCCCCCCCUCCACCGUCAAAGCCACCUCGCACAGCCACGAGAACGAAAAUAUGCACGGCAUCUUCCUUCACAUCCUCGCCGACGCCAUGGGUUCCGUCUCGGUGAUCUUCUCCACCAUCCUCACCAAAUACACUGCCUACAACGGCUGGGAUCCGCUGGCUUCAUGCAUCAUCUCGGUGCUGAUUUUCGCGAGCGCCAUCCCACUGGUGAAGAGUUCGGGGAAGCGGCUGCUGCUGACGAUCCCGGAUCGGAUCGAGUGGAAGAUUCGGGAGGCGUUGGGCGCGCUGGGGACCGUGCCAGGGGUGAGUGGGUAUCGCGGAUGUCGGUUUUGGUUGGAGGAUGAGGGGCAGGGGGAGGCGCAUGGACAUGAUCAUCACCAUGAUCACGGUCAUGGUCACGGCCACGGACACGGCCACGGACACGGCCAUGCGCAUGAUCAUCCACAUAACCACGACCAUGCUCCCGCGCCCAAGAAAGAGCAGAAAGUGCUCGGCGUCAUCCACGUUAUCGCCACGCGCACCGCCGACAUCGAAGACGUGCGAGCGCGGAGCGGUCGAUUCCUGGAAGCGCGGGGAAUGGACGUGGUGAUUCACGUGGAGCGGGACGGGGAGGAGAAUUGCUGGUGUGGUGGCGGUGGGAGAUGAGUCGGACCGUGCAAGGGCGUUGUACUUAGAUGUGGGAGAAUAAGGCACAUUGUAUAAUCUUACCG